GAGCUGGGAAUCUGGUUACAGAUUUACUUCGAACAAUGUCUGAUGUGUGGACUAAAGUCCUCCUUGGCCUUUGUAAAGCCAUCCCCUCUUUUCCUCAGGAAGUGCUCACAGCUGUGCCCCAAAGAUGAGGGCCCAGGAGAACCUGGAGGGCCGGACACAGCAUGAGUCCCUGGGCUCUGCAGGGAACUCCGAGAGGGAUCCCACAGAGUCCCUGCCCAGAGAGCCCAAGUUUGACAUGUUGUACAAGAUCGAGGAUGUGCCACCCUGGUACCUGUGUAUUCUGCUGGGCUUCCAGCAUUACUUGACAUGCUUCAGUGGCACCAUUGCUGUGCCCUUCCUCCUGGCUGAGGCACUGUGUGUGGGCCGGGACCAGCACAUGGUCAGCCAGCUCAUCGGGACAAUCUUCACCUGCGUGGGCAUCACCACCCUCAUCCAGACCACACUGGGAAUCCGGCUGCCGUUGUUCCAGGCCAGCGCCUUUGCAUUUCUGGUCCCAGCCAAAGCCAUCCUGGCCCUGGAGAGAUGGAAAUGCCCCCCAGAAGAGGAUAUCUACGGUAACUGGAGUCUUCCCCUGAACACCUCUCAUAUUUGGCACCCACGGAUACGAGAGGUCCAGGGUGCAAUCAUAGUGUCCAGCACGGUGGAGGUGGUGAUCGGGCUGAUGGGGCUGCCUGGGGCCCUGCUCAGCUACAUAGGACCUCUCACGGUCACCCCCACUGUCUCCCUCAUUGGCCUGUCUGUCUUCCAAGCUGCUGGUGACCGAGCUGGUUCCCACUGGGGCAUCUCAGCUUGUUCCAUUCUCCUGAUCAUCCUCUUCUCCCAGUACCUGCGUAACCUCACCUUCCUGCUGCCUAUCUACCGCUGGGGCAAGGGCCUGACUCUCUUCCGCAUCCAGAUCUUCAAGAUGUUUCCAAUUGUGCUGGCCAUCAUGACCAUGUGGCUGCUCUGCUACAUCCUGACCCUGACAAACGUGCUGCCCUCAGACCCCACAGCUUAUGGCUUCCAGGCGCGGACAGAUGCACGAGGGGACAUCAUGGCUAUUGCACCCUGGAUCCGCAUUCCCUACCCCUGUCAGUGGGGCCUGCCCACAGUGACUGUGGCUGCUGUCCUGGGAAUGUUCAGUGCCACACUGGCAGGCAUCAUCGAGUCCAUCGGAGAUUACUAUGCUUGUGCCCGCCUGGCGGGUGCCCCACCCCCUCCUGUACAUGCCAUCAACAGGGGUAUCUUCACCGAAGGCAUCUGCUGCAUUAUCGCAGGGCUGCUGGGCACAGGCAACGGGUCCACGUCGUCCAGCCCCAACAUUGGCGUUCUGGGGAUUACCAAGGUAGGCAGCCGGCGUGUGGUGCAGUACGGUGCGGGGAUCAUGCUCGUCCUGGGCACAAGUGGCAAGUUCACCGCCCUUUUUGCUUCACUCCCUGACCCCAUACUGGGGGGUAUGUUCUGCACCCUUUUUGGCAUGAUUACGGCUGUGGGGCUAUCCAACUUGCAGUUCGUGGACAUGAACUCCUCCCGCAACCUGUUCGUGCUCGGAUUUUCCAUGUUCUUCGGGCUCACGCUGCCCAAUUACCUGGAGUCCAACCCUGGCACCAUCAACACAGGCAUUCCUGAAGUGGACCAGAUUCUGACUGUGCUGCUGACCACAGAGAUGUUCGUGGGUGGGUGCCUCGCUUUCAUACUGGACAACACAGUGCCAGGGAGCCUAGAAGAACGAGGUCUGAUACAGUGGAAAGCUGGGGCCCAUGCCAACAGUGAGAUGUCCACCAGCCUCAAGAGCUAUGACUUCCCCAUUGGGAUGAACAUUGUAAAAAGGAUUGCCUUUCUGAAAUACAUUCCUAUCUGCCCAGUCUUCAAAGGAUUUUCUUCAAGGUCGAAAACCCAGCCUCCAGUUUCAGAAGACAUUCCAGAAAAUAUACAAACUGGAUCUGCAUGCACCAAAGUCUAAAAAAUUACUCCUAGUAAAGGUAGGAUGUGUGUUAAGACUGUCUUUUGUAGGAGGGUUAAAAAAAAAAAACAAACCACAAUAUUUUUAUACUUUAACCAAAGAAAAACAAAAC